AUGGCCACCACCUCGCGGGACGGCUGCUUCUGGUUGCUCUGGAGACGCACCCUCUUUGCGCUCUGGCUGUGUGCGGCAGGAGCGCGUGCAGCGGAAGAAGAGAGCGCUUUCAACGCAGAGGGAUGGCUGAGGAUGUAUGGAUACCUGCCUCAGGCCAGCAGGCAGAUGUCGACCAUGCGAUCAGCUCAGAUCCUGUCCAACGCUGUCAGCGACAUGCAGCGAUUCUACGGUUUAGAGGUCACAGGACACAUCGACGCUCAAACCAUAGGUGCCAUGAGGAGACCCCGCUGUGGUGUGCCUGACAAGUUUGGAGGCCAGAUCAAAACCAACGUGCGGCGGAAACGUUACGCCCUCACUGGACAUAAAUGGAACAAGAAUCACCUCACUUACAGUAUUCAGAACUACACUCCCAAAAUUGGAGAGUAUAACUCGUUUGAGGCCAUCAGACGGGCCUUUAAAGUCUGGGAGAAGGUCACCCCGCUGAGCUUUGACGAAAUCCCCUACCACGACAUCAAAUAUGGACGGCGCAAGGAGCCCGACAUCAUGAUCUUCUUCGCCUCAGGUUUUCAUGGAGACAGCUCCCCUUUUGAUGGGGAGGGGGGCUUCCUAGCUCACGCCUACUUCCCUGGACCUGGAAUGGGUGGAGACACGCACUUUGACUCCGAUGAGCCGUGGACCAUAGGAAACCAUAAUGUGCAAGGUAAUGACCUCUUCCUGGUAGCAGUCCACGAGCUGGGACACGCCCUGGGCUUAGAGCAUUCCAACAACCCCCUGGCCAUCAUGGCCCCCUUCUACCAGUGGAUGGAAACUGAGAACUUCCAGUUGCCAGACGAUGACCGGCGGGGCAUCCAGCAGAUCUAUGGUCCUCCAGAGACCAGUCCCACCCAGGCCUUGCCCACAGUGGCACCCCGUCGCCCGUCGCCCAGACCACCGCAAACACCUCCUCGGCAGCCUGACCGGCCCAGGACCACUGAGAGACCGGAUCAUUAUGGGCCCAAUAUCUGUGAAGGGAACUUUGACACUGUUGCUAUGCUCCGAGGAGAGAUGUUUGUCUUCAAGGGCCGCUGGUUCUGGCGUGUGCGCAGGAACAGGGUUCUGGAUAAUUACCCCAUGCCAAUUGGUCACUUUUGGAGGGGUCUGCCUGGAGACAUCGAUGCUGCGUAUGAGAGACAUGACGGCAGGUUCGUCUUCUUUAAAGGAAACAGAUUCUGGCUUUUCAGGGAGGCUAACCUGGAACCAGGCUACCCACUGCAGCUAGUCGAUUAUGGCAUAGAUAUUCCCUACGACCGAAUAGACACGGCCAUCUGGUGGGAGCCAUCUGGCUAUACUUACUUCUUUCAAGGAGACAGGUACUGGCGCUUCAACGAACAGUCACGCUCAGCUGACAGAGGCUACCCAAAGUCAAUCAGUGUCUGGGGAACGUCAGUGCCCUCUAAUCCCAAGGGGGCCUUCCUCAGCGAUGAUGGAGCAUACACCUACUUCUAUAAGGGUUCCAAGUACUGGAAGUUUGACAACCACCGUAUGAAGAGCGAGCCAGGUUAUCCAAAAUCCAUCCUGAGAGAUUUCAUGGGCUGCAGCGUAGACCUGGAUCCCGACAGAGACACCGACACGGACUCGGGCCGCAAAUAUCCAGACGUGAACCGUCCGCCAUUUAACCCGGACACAGGACGUGAUGGUGACAAGGGCAAAGACCGGGACGGAACAGAUCACGGAGGAACGGACAAAGACAAAGGCUCAGACGGUGACAAAGACGAAGACACUCGGGAGGGUCGUGAGGAAGGCACCAAUGAGGUGGACGUGGUGCUGAAGGUGGACGACAGCCAGGAGCGGACCAUGAACAUCCUGAUGGUAACCAUCCCACUGGUCCUGGUGCUGUGCAUCCUGGGACUGAUCUACGCCAUCAUCAACACGCUGCAGAGCAAAGGGGCGCCACGCCUGCUGGUGCACUGCAAGCGCUCACUGCAGGACUGGGUCUGACCCCUGAUAUUAGGGGGUGCUGAACUUUGAACUUGAUUUAGA